UUUGAUGACAAGUUGAUUGAUAAUAUUUUUUAAAAAGUGACAAAAUUUUUAAAUAAUUAAAAAAAAUAUGCACAAAAUGAAAGAGAAACACAUUCUUCACAGUGGUUAUUCUCAUUCUCUAUUACGAAGUUGGCAAUCACCGAAUACAGAAAUAACGGUGGAUAAUUUAAUGUAUCCUAUUUUUCUCCUAGACGAUCCUGAUGCUAAGGACUCAGUUAAUAGUAUGCCCGGUGUUUAUCGUUAUGGUAUCAAUCACUUGAAAUCGACAUUACAACCCUUAGUGUCAAAGGGUUUACGAUCAAUUUUAUUGUUUGGCGUAUCGAACAAAUUAACAAAGGACGAGAAGGGUGGAAAUGCGGACAGCGAUCAAAAUCCAGUGAUGCAAGCAUUGCCAUUAUUGAGAAAAUGGUUUCCCGAAUUAAUAAUUGCUUGUGAUGUUUGUUUAUGCCCCUACACAACACACGGACAUUGUGGUAUUCUAAAUGAAAACGGUGUCAUAAAUAAUGACGCAAGUAUCCAAAGAAUUGCCGAGAUUGCACUGUCCUACGCAAAAUCUGGUGCUCACAUUGUCGCUCCCUCGGAUAUGAUGGACGGAAGAAUAGGAGCAAUUAAAAGAAAUCUAAUAGCUGCGAAUUUAUCCAAUAAAGUCUCAGUUCUUUCCUAUGCAGUCAAGUUCUCCUCUGGUUUUUAUGGUCCAUUCAGAGACGCUGCGAAUUCCGCUCCUCAAUUUGGCGAUCGAAAAUGUUAUCAAUUACCAUCGGGAAGUAGGGGUUUGGCUUCAAGAGCUGCUGCCAGGGAUGUCGAGGAGGGCGCAGACUUCCUUAUGGUGAAACCUGGUUUGGCAUAUUUGGAUAUUGUGAAACAGGUGAAGGACAAUCAUCCGGAAUAUCCAUUGUUUAUUUAUCAAGUUUCUGGAGAAUACGCAAUGUUAUUGCAUGGGGCAAAUAAUGGAGCGAUAAAUUUGGAAUCUGUACUCUUAGAAAUAUUACUCUCAAUGAGAAGAGCUGGAGCUGAUUGUAUUAUCACAGCAGCAUCCAAAGAGGAGAAAAAAGAAAAGGAAGACAUUGGAACCGUUAUUGGAAUUGACUUGGGAACAACUUAUUCUUGUGUUGGUGUUUACAAAAAUGGACGAGUUGAAAUUAUCGCGAACGAUCAGGGAAAUCGAAUUACACCAUCGUACGUGGCAUUCACGACAGACGGCGAACGUCUCAUUGGCGAUGCUGCGAAAAAUCAAUUGACGACAAAUCCGGAGAACACCGUCUUCGAUGCCAAACGACUCAUUGGUCGUGAAUGGUCGGACCAGACUGUUGUUCAAGACAUGAAAUUAUUCCCCUUCAAGGUCGUCAAUAAGAACAACAAACCUCACAUUCAAGUCGCCACGCAACAAGGCGACAAAGUCUUUGCUCCGGAGGAAAUUUCCGCCAUGGUUCUUGGUAAAAUGAAGGAAACCGCCGAGGCCUAUUUGGGCAAGAAAGUCACCCACGCUGUCGUUACUGUUCCCGCUUACUUCAAUGAUGCACAAAGACAGGCGACGAAAGACGCUGGAACUAUUUCGGGCUUGAAUGUGAUGAGAAUUAUUAACGAACCAACUGCCGCUGCAAUUGCCUAUGGAUUAGACAAGAAGGACGGUGAGAAAAAUGUUUUGGUCUUCGAUUUGGGCGGCGGUACUUUCGACGUGAGUCUCUUGACGAUUGACAACGGAGUCUUUGAGGUCGUCGCCACCAAUGGUGACACUCACUUGGGAGGCGAAGAUUUCGAUCAAAGAGUCAUGGACCACUUUAUCAAGUUGUACAAAAAGAAGAAGGGCAAGGACAUCCGUAAGGACGUUCGUGCUGUGCAGAAAUUGCGUCGUGAAGUCGAAAAAGCGAAGAGAGCACUCAGCGCCAGUCAUCAGGUGAGGAUCGAAAUUGAAUCCUUCUUCGAGGGCGAAGACUUCUCAGAGACAUUGACCAGAGCGAAAUUCGAGGAAUUGAAUAUGGAUUUGUUCAGAAGUACAAUGAAGCCAGUGCAAAAAGUUUUGGAAGACGCCGAUAUGAGUAAGAAGGACGUUCAUGAAAUUGUCCUCGUCGGUGGAUCGACUCGAAUUCCAAAGGUUCAACAACUCGUCAAAGAAUUCUUCGGCGGAAAAGAACCAUCCCGAGGUAUCAAUCCCGAUGAAGCCGUUGCCUAUGGAGCCGCCGUUCAAGCUGGUGUUCUCUCCGGUGAACAAGACACGGACGCCAUUGUUCUCCUCGACGUCAAUCCUCUCACCAUGGGUAUCGAAACUGUAGGCGGAGUCAUGACCAAACUCAUCCCCAGAAACACCGUGAUUCCAACCAAGAAAUCGCAGAUCUUCUCAACAGCCUCCGACAAUCAACACACAGUAACAAUUCAAGUCUACGAAGGCGAGCGACCAAUGACCAAGGACAAUCAUCUCCUCGGAAAAUUCGAUCUCACCGGCAUUCCACCAGCACAACGUGGAAUUCCCCAAAUUGAAGUGACAUUCGAAAUUGACGCCAAUGGUAUUCUCCAAGUAUCGGCCGAGGACAAGGGUACUGGAAAUCGUGAGAAAAUUGUCAUCACCAACGAUCAGAAUCGUUUGACACCCGACGAUAUCGAGAGAAUGAUUAAGGAGGCAGUGAAAUUCUCCGAGGAGGACAAAAAAUUAAAGGAACGCGUCGAGGCACGUAACGAUCUCGAAUCAUAUGCGUACUCAUUGAAAAAUCAAAUUGCCGACAAGGAGAAACUCGGUUCGAAAAUAAGUGACACUGACAAGACAAAAUUAGAGGAAAUAAUUGACGAGAAAAUAAAAUGGCUCGAGGAAAAUCAAGACACAGAUCCAGAAGAAUAUAAACAACAAAAGAAGGAGCUCACCGAUGUUGCACAGCCAAUUAUUGCAAAAUUAUAUCAAGGAGCAGGCGGUGCACCACCACCAACCGGUGGCGAGGAAGACGAUCUCAAGGAUGAAUUAUAAUCACACGCAUAUAACGAAUUUUGAUUCGUGCGCACGUCUAGACUGAAAUCCCACUUCCCUUUAUAGGCAAAUGCUCUAGAGACUAAUACCCUUUUUUUUUAAUUUCCUUCGCGCUCAAUUUAAUAUUUACUACGGCCAGAAUGCCAAUUUUUUUCAAAACCUUGGAAUGAGCGACCAAACUCGAUAAAAAGAUCCGUUACUUAUACGGCUGUGAUGAUCUCUAUCGAGUGUAUUACUCUGUAUUGUAUUUGCUACAAAGGAAAUGUUUAAAGAAAUCACUGCUCGUAAAAUAUAAGAAAAAAGUCCAGAGCCUCGAUUUUUUAAUUAUUGUCUUCGGAACGUGCGACGUCACCGAGAAAAACUCCUUUUCAAAUAAGACUCCACCAAUAUCGUUAAUUUAUUUUUUUUGUUUACGAGUAAUUCAAUAUUAAGCAGUUUUUUUUUGUAUAAAUGCGAGAGAUGUGUGCUGUCCUGUGUGUAUGUGAAUUGUGAUGAGAAGCGGAUAUUUUUUCAAUUUUUUGAAAAAGAAAACCGCUUUUUUUAAUAAUUGAAUUUUUUCGUACUAUGUAUAAAUGAAUGAAUGAGUUAUGUAUCAGUAUCAUGGAGAAUAAACAAAUUUUUUCAUUAGAUCGAAUGUUUAUUCCUUUUUUUUGCAAAUUUAAAAACGAUUUAUAAACGCACAAGAAUAAUAUCCAAAAAAAAAAACAGGUGCAAAAUAAACGAAAGCAAGAAAUUAUAUGAGAUUAAAGCUAUUUCGAUGGAGAAAAUAUUUACUUUUACUCGAGGCUUAAAAAAUAUAUAUAUUUAUAAAUUGUAUUUACCGUAUUUACAUUUUACCAUCUAUGAAAACAUAAUUUUGAAUAGCUUUUCAAUGUCCAGAUAUUGCUUUCGAUUUCAAUUUCUUCCUAUUAGCAGGAAUUUAAGUAGUGAUUUAAGGCCGCGUGUACAUAAUUGUCAUAGGAGUUUGUAACUUCUUUAAAGAAAAGAAAAAAUAAAUGACUAAAAAAUUUC